AAUACACGGCAGAAUCUCAAGAUUCUCUGACGAUAUCGCCGAAUCUUCCUCAUUCAUUGGCCCUCAACCCUUCUUAAAUACAUCUUUUCUGCAGCACAAUUUGCAACGCUCUUUAUGUGACAAUCAUCAUUCACAAUGGCUCUCGCGUCAAGCUCCACCACCCCUCUUCGAUUGCUUUCCACGUCCCAUCUUCGACGCUGGCAAUCUGGUGGGACUAUCUUGAAGGUCGCGACUAUAUCUACUCCUCGCACUCCUCCUCUUUCUUCGGUCUCUUUACUUCAUCAACUUAAACACAAAAUUCCCUCGAGACAGUUCUCAACAUCCUCUUCUAAGUCAUUCAACCAAUCUACCAACAAAAUGGCUCCCUCAACGCAGGCUCUCAUCGAAGUCGCCAAGAACAGGCGCACCUACUACCACCUGGGUCGCAACUCCCCCGUCCCUGACUCCGAGAUCAUCGAAUUGGUCAACCAGGCCAUCCUCCACAUUCCCAGCUCCUUCAAUACUCAAUCCACCCGUAUCGUUGUCGCUCUGCACGGCGACCACGAGAAAGUAUGGAACAUUGCCAUCGACGCCUUCAAGCCACUCGUUUCUACUGGUGCAGUGCCCCAGGAGGUUUUUGAUAAUCAGACUAAGCCUAAGCUUGAGGCUUUCAAGGCUGCUUAUGGAACUAUCCUCUUUUACGAAGACCCUACUCACAUCAAGCCUUACGCUGAGAAGUUCCCUGCCUUUGGCUCCAAGUUUCCUGAGUGGGCUGACCACACCAACGCCAUGCACCAGUGGUUCCUCUGGGCCGGUCUCGAGUCCCUCGGCUUCGGUGCCAACCUCCAACACUACAACCCCCUGAUCGAUGCCGACUUGGCCAAGACCUUCAACAUUCCUACCGACUGGGUGUCCAAGGCUCAGCUCGUGUUUGGUUCUAUUGAGUCCCCUGCUGGCGAGAAGCAAUUCAAGCCUGUUGAGGAGCGUGUUAAGGUUUUCGGUGCUCAGUAAGUGUACGGAUAGUAAUAUAGGUUUUGUUUCUAAUUAAGAGGGGAUGAAUGUAUAUAGCAACUGUUCUAGAUGAAUAGAGUCCCUGGCAUUUAUUCUCUUUCUUCAGUGAUAGAAAAAUAAAUCGCCUUUGAAGUCCGUUUCCGGGAUAGUAGAUGUCGCAUGAAUAAACCAAAAGAGAGGAGACGCAGCCAUAAAACACCACCCCAAAGCCCAUGCAAUCCAGCCCAGCAAUCAGGAGGUAUGUAACCGAUAUCGACCAAAAUAAUCAAAGAAGCUCAACGCCUCGAUCCCACUGCAAACUCAAAGCCCUGACCCGCAUAUCGACCCGCUGGGAAAUUGUAAUCAUCGUCGAGAUUGCUCUUGGCUGCCAUCAAUGGUGCCCAAUCCGUAGUCCAUUUGUGAUGGAUUUGAUGUCGCCAUCGGCUAAAGAAUGACCGUUUUGAGGAGGAGGUGGAGGAUGGUGAGCGCGAUGGUUGUUGGUUUGCGUUUGAUGUCGAGAGUUCAGUUGCUAUUGGUUCGGUCAUCUUUGUGUAUUUUUUGUAUUUUCUCGAUUUACUCAUAGACCGGAGAUAUAUAUCGUUCUUGGCUUGUUAUUGUUUUUUGAUGAAUUUUUUUUAUAGAAUAGAAUAUGGUCGAAUGUGAUGAUUGAAGUUGUUCAAGGUUGGACAAGAGCGACGUAAAACCCUAACCCUGUACACCUCCAAAAAGAGGCUUUUGUGACCUCGGGUGGAACACUCGCUUUUAUAUCACUGCAAACAACGUCGAAAGGCUUCCGUCUUUGAGCGGUAGAGUCAUGCCAAAUGGAUCAAUUAUUUCCUUUUCAAGUACAUCUAAAC